AUGGGCAUUAGCCAUUUCAGAAAUAUCAUUGUUUAUUUCUUCUUAUUUUCGAUAUUAGUUUCUAAGGGUUCAUCACUUUUCGAUCCAACCACUGUGCAGGUACAAAAUGAUAUCGAAGGUGAUCAAGUUCUCUUGAACAUCCAUUGCAAAUCUUUGGACGACGAUUUGGGUGAACAUGCGCUCAAUUUCGGCAAUGAAUGGGACUGGCAAUUUCGCGUGGGAUUUGGCACGACGUAUUUUUGGUGCGAUUACCGGUGGUAUGAUAAUAGAGAUCAACGUUGGUAUCAAGGUAGCCAUGAAGUUUACAAGGCAACUCUAAGUGGAUUUAAAGCUAAGUACUACGUAUUUUGCCACUCUAAAUGCGUUUGGUCUGCUCGUCGAGAUGGACUUUAUUUAUAUCGUCGUGAUAAAGGAGGGAUGUGGGAGAAAAGAUAUACUUGGGAUCCAUAA